AUGUCGCAACGUGCUCUGUACAAUGGGCGGCGGCGGCAGCGGCAGCAGAAGCAGCAGCAGCAGCAGCAGCAGGGUUAUCUGCGGAGACCAUCUGGAACUGGGGUUUCGACUUGGCUAAUAAAUAAUGCGACGAUAGCAGGGCCGAGACAAGACCAGACCAAUGAUACGGGUCCCCCAGCAACAAUGGGAGCAAAUAAUCCUAGACUGGAGUCCCGAGUACCUAGCCGGCGGAGUCGCAUCCCGACGUCAACCAGUCAGACAAAAAUGACGCUCUCCGAUGGAGCCCAUGGCUCCCCACGAGAGGAAAUCGGAUGAAACUCAAUCAGGGCUAGAUGCAUGGGAUUGGCGCGCCGUAAAUAAGGAG